AUGAAGAUAAGGGUGGAGCUUCCUCCACUUUUUCAAAGGCUUUAUGUAUGCCUUGAUGCAUGCAAAAAGGGUUUUCUUACUGGUUGUAGACCCAUCAUUGGAGUAGAUGAGUGCCACUUGAAGGAUCAUUUCUCAAGUAAAGCCUAG